AUGGCCAGUGCUUCCCAUAAAGACCUAAUUAAAAAACGUGGAGGCCUUAAAGCCAAACUUACAUCAUUUAAUAAUUUUUUGAAUCUUAUAAAAGAUUUGGUUGUCUUGUCUGAGCUACAAAAAUCGGAACUAGAAUGCCGGCUUAGAAAAAUUGAUGCGGUAUACGACCAAUUUGACGCGUUACAGAUGGAGAUUGAGGCAUUGUCGGAGCAGGUUGAGGACGAAUACAAGGAACGCCUCCAAUACGAAGAACAAUAUUAUUCACUCCUUGCUUUGGCGCGUAGUAUGAUGAAUGCUGCUACUUCAUCAACGUCUUCUAGGGCAGGUUCCGUGACAGACGACCACGAAGAUAGCUGUGCACCUAAAUUCCAUCUACCUGUCAUCAACGUGCCGCAGUUCAGCGGUGACUUUCAGGAAUGGUUGGAAUUUCGAGAUACGUAUCUUUCAAUUAUCCAUAAUAAUAAUAACAUCUCAAACGUACAUAAAUUUCACUAUUUACGCGCAGCUUUGAAGGGUACUGCGUCAUUAAUAAUUCAAAGUUUAGAUGUAACAGCAAACAAUUAUCCAAUUGCAUGGCAAUUAUUAACGGAGCGAUAUGAUAACAUACGUCUUUUAAUCAACAAUCAUAUACAAGCCUUAGUAAAUACGAAAAAUAUAUCCUCUGAAAGUAGUUUGGAAAUAAGAAAUGUUAUUGAUGUGAUGAAUAAAAAUUUAAGAGCACUUGCAACAUUAGGUGAACCUGUCGAUCACUGGGACACAAUUAUUGUUUAUGUAAUAUCAAAAAAAUUAGACCCAGUUACGAAUCGGCUAUGGGAAGAAUACAGAUGCAGCUUAAGUUGUAACUCACCAAGUUUACAACAAUUCAUUAAAUUUUUAAACAAUAAGUGUGAUGUAUUGGAUACAUUGAAUGCGGGAGUAACUAUUCCUAUUAUACAUAACGUCAAACACUCAAAACUUCAAUCACACCCUUUAACUUAUAAUAAUAAUAAUUACAAUAAUUCAUUUAGCAAAAAAGAGUUAAUAAAUACCGACAAGAAAAAUUAUAAUAAAAACAUUACAUGUCCUAUGUGUUCACAAAAUCAUUUCUUAUUUACAUGCCCUUCAUUCAUUAAACUUGAUGUAGAUUCUCGUAUAAAAAAAGCCACCGAAAGUAGAGUAUGUAUGAAUUGCUUACGUCCAGGUCAUGUCCGUAACCACUGUAGAUUAUCAAAUUGCAAGUAUUGUAAUUCUAGACAUAAUACUCUAUUGCAUAAAGAUAAUUUCCAUAAAGACCCAUCUUCUUCUAAUGUAGCACUUUCGACAAACAUCAAUUCAUCUUGUAACACUGCUUACGUCAUAUUAUCUACAGCGUUGGUACGUGUAAAAGACAAAGACGGAAAAUAA